AUGUCCAAAAUAUUUCAGUCAUGGACUGACCUACCACAAGACUCUGGAUGCAUUCGAAAUUUGAAUCAAAUGAGAAAUUGGCUUCGUGAAUGCGAAGAAGGUGACGACAGGUGCAAAAUCGGUCGCACGAUGGAUUAUCUACCCACUAGGGUCCUAGAUGUUUCUCGUCAAGAAGACAAGGUCUUUGUUACCGAAGGAGAGAGGUGCGAGAAAGGCCCUUAUAUCACAUUAAGCCAUUGCUGGGGAGAAUCCCAUCCCAUUCAAACAACUACCAUGACGUUGCCAGUCUUUCGGACACAGGGGAUACCCCUAUCAUCUUUACCCAAAACAUUUCGAGAAGCAGUAUUUGUUACAAGAUACCUUGGUUGUCCUUACCUCUGGAUUGAUUCACUCUGCAUUAUCCAGGGUGAUAGAGAAGAUUGGGCAAUGGAAGCACCCCGAAUGGCCGAUGUGUAUAGUAAUUCGCAUGUCACCAUUGCCGCCACUGCAUCAGCAACCGGUUCCGGAGGCCUCUUCUACCAAAAUAACGAAACUCAAGUCAAAUAUACAGUUCGACGUAAACGAAAAGAUGGUACUCCGAUCGAGAUCUAUGUACGUCCGGCUUUAAAUCAUUCUGUUUAUGAUCUCGGUCCCAUUGAUCCUCCGAACCCAUUAUACCCGAUGCCGUUACUCCGUCAGAGUUGGUUUUUUCAAGAGCACAUGCUUUCGCCUCGUAUGCUGUAUUUUACAAAUUGGGAGAUACUCUGGCAGUGUCGGGAGAGAAGCACCUGCAUCUGCGAGGUUCGUAAUUACAGGGACGUCGCUCAAAAACCUCACCUGAAAAAAAGGUUCGAGGAACAACUCGUUCUAAACCGGUCCACUAGUUUGCAACUGUUAUGGUGCGACAUUGUUACAUGGUAUUCGGAGAGACAGCUUACAUUCGACUCGGAUAAACUAGCAGCUCUAGCAGCGGUUGCGAAGCUACUUUCUAAUACAGCCCUUGGGAGAUAUGCUAGCGGUCUCUGGGAAUCAAGGAUUGACGCAGGUCUGUUGUGGAAUGUAAAGGGACCAUUAGUAGGGUUUGACGGCGAGCCCAUCGAUUCAAGGCGUAGUACUGAUCUAUCUAUGCCGUCGUGGUCAUGGGCAAGCAUAAUUGGUCCGGUAUCAUUAGAUAUCGGUACAGGUCUGGCGAAAGAUUUCGAGGUAGUAGAUAUUUUAUACGGGCCAGAUAGUGGGAAAUCUCUCUUAGAAGCGAGUGCGACGGCGAUAAUAAUCCAUGGCUUGCUAUGUGAAUGUAAGGUAUGGGAUUCGGGGGCGGUUAAUGGAAGAAGAUCGGAUCGAUACAAUUACCGUCUGAUUCGCGGGCCUGGAAUGGAGAAGGAUUACGAGUUUCAGGCCGACGUCGCUUCGGAGGUGAGUUGUGGUCGAAACGAGGCAAUGACGGCCUAUGUCUUGAAUAUCACGGGAGAACGCGGUGUCGUACUUCGCAAGUUGGAUACUGAAGAAGGUACGUAUCGAAGGAUAGGCGAUAUCGGGUACCAGGUUGGGAUGCCUGUCACGAGGUUGACAUAUACUCAUGCUGUCCUUAAGCUCGUAUGA